UAAAAUAUGCGCCUCUUCAGCACCCGGCUGAGGCAGUGGCGGAAUGGAAAGCUCCAUCAAAUUACAUUCAAGAAUGCCCACAAGGGUGGCAAGUGGCUGGUAUCAGCGAAAGCUUUGCAGGCCAAAGUCCUAGUAACUGAUGACUGGAAAAUCACCGAAUUUAUAAGAAAUCCUGCACCGACCUCAUUGAAGACUGGAGUGUUUAAUAAUGCAUGUCUAAGGAGACCAAAACCUAAGAUAUGGACCACAACCACAAGACUGGUUCCUCAACAUAUAUAGAAGUAUCUGUGUGUGUUUAAUCUGAGAAAUUUGUUUUGGCCUAGAAUUUUGUCAGCUAGUAACCACUAACUUUCGGGGUUGCCGUUAGCGAAAGCAGGCGAGAAGAAAUGAAGAAGGCGAGCAAAUGGAUAAGGAACCAUGUAAUGGGGAAAAAGGAAGAGAGGUCCUGCAUAGAUAACAACAUUGAUGAAAGUCCCAGAGUGGAGCGCAGAUGGAGCUUUGGAAGGAAGCCAAGCGCCAGCAUGACAGGAAACAUAGCUACGCGUAGACUCUCCGCUUCAUUUGAUUCAAGCCACACUGCUAACCUCCAUAUGCCAUCGUUUGUGCAUACUGAGGCUCCAUACAGUUUUUCAACUUCUCUACUGCCGAAGGCUCCCAGAGACGUCCAAAGCGCUGCUGCUGCCAAGAUUCAGGCCGCUUUUCGCUCCUAUUUGGCGAGGAAAGCAUUGCAUGCUUUGAAGGGCCUGGUGAAGAUACAGGCACUAGUGAGAGGCCAUCUUGUAAGGAAACAAACGAGUGCUACACUGCGAGGCAUGCAUGCCUUGAUGGCUAUUCAAGUCAGAGCCAGAAUUCAGAGACUUCAGGCCGCACAAGAAGCUAGCCUGCUGCUUACAAAAUACUCAUCCCGACAUCCUCGGGAUAAACAUCUCCUGAAAGAAUCUAAAGCCUCAAAGGAUAUGGACCUACAAGAAAUGUUGGAAAUUACGGAAAGCAGAAGCGGCCCUCUAGAUCCUUCAGAUAAAGAACAUGUUGUCAUGUCAUGCUAUUCAAAGCAAAAAUAUCAAUACGAGGAUAAUGCUUUUACCGCAGAACAAGGAAACAACUUAUCAAGGAGCCAGCGCCAUUCAAUGUCAUGGGCAGCCAAUGACCUUACCAGGACAGAAUCUUCCAGGGCUAAAGCUGGGUCUUGCAGUGAACUAAAACAACGACCCUUACAAGGUACGAGUCGCAAAAGUAAGGCCAUAGAGUCUAUGAAUGACUUGAUUUUUUCAUUGGAUGGUCGAAGGCAGUCUGUGUCAUCAAACUCCUCACGCUUUAUCUACCAUGGAAACCUGGAUCAUUGGGUUAUGAACCAUUACGAGUCAUCUGCGGACAGCAAAAGUGAGUCCUUCAACAGCAGCAUAGGCAUGACGACUAAUGAUUCUGAUUAUUGAAACCACAUUG